AGGUGAAGUCGCAACGUUUAGGAGGCUCCGUCCCAGUAGUUAGCCAAUCGGAGACGGGCUGGAGGACUGCGGGCGCGGAGGCCGCGUUUGCACAUCCUCCUCCUGCCAGCAGGCGGCCCACCAAGCGGCGCUGCCGGGUUUCCAGCGCGCUGGACGAUCACCCUCGAGUGCUUUUUCCUACAAACGUUUUGCAGUCCUGGCUACCCAGCCCUUUCCGAGGUCCGAGGUCCCAGAAGCCACCCCCCCACUUCGGACCUCCAACCCAGAAAGUUCCGAUGGGACAUACAGCAAGACCGGGGCGCUUCUACGGUGUCUACCUGCUCUACUGCCAGAACCCUCGGCAUCGGGGCCGCGUGUACGUGGGAUUCACUGUCAAUCCUGCUCGUCGCGUCCGGCAACACAACGCCGGUCGCAAAAAAGGUGGAGCCUGGCGGACCAGCGGGCGAGGACCCUGGGACAUGGUGCUGAUCCUGCACGGUUUUCCGUCUGCUGUAGCCGCCCUUCGGUUUGAAUGGGCCUGGCAGCAUCCUCAAGCCUCACGCCGCCUGACUCACGUGGGGCCGCGCCUGCGCAGCGAGGCAUCCUUCGCCUUCCACCUGCGUGUGUUGGCACACAUGCUCCGAGUUCCUCCGUGGGUGCGCCUCCCUCUAACACUGCGCUGGCUGCGACCUGACUUCCGCCAUGAACUUUCUCCAGUGCCACCACCACACAUGCCCAUUGCCUUUGGGCCAGUACCACCCCAGCCCUUGGUCCCGAAGCGACUCACUGCGAGUGAGACUGAAAGCGAGCGCCAGCUGGAUGGAGGCCCCAAGGGCAGCUGCAUGCUGUGUGCACGUAAGCUGCAGGAUGAAGAAGGCCCCCUGUGCUGCCCCCACCCUGGUUGUCCCCUCAGAGCCCAUAUCAUCUGCCUGGCAGCGGAGUUCCUGCAGGAAGAGCCGGGGCAGCUUCUGCCCCUAGAGGGUCAUUGUCCUAGCUGUAAGAAGUCUCUGCUCUGGGGAAGCCUGAUCAGGCAGUGCCACGUGGACACCGAGGAGGAAGAGGACUUGGAAUUAGAAGAGGAGCACUGGACAGACCUGCUAGAGACCUGAUCCUAUGAGUCCCCAGCUUUCACCCCUGGUCCUUUUCUGCCUCUCUCUUCAGUGUUUGUUAGCUUUUACUUGAGCGCAAUAAAAAAGGCUGAGUUCAGGGUA